CUUUCUAAGUGGCUUUUCCCCAGGACAGCUCAGGAAUCCCUAAGAGGACAAUGGAUUCUGGAACUCGCCCAGUUGGCAGCAGUUGUAGCAGCCCCGCAGGGCUCUCACGAGAGUACAAACUAGUGAUGUUGGGCGCCGGUGGUGUAGGGAAAAGUGCCAUGACAAUGCAGUUCAUUAGCCACCGAUUCCCAGAAGACCAUGACCCCACCAUUGAAGAUGCUUAUAAAAUUCGGAUCCGUAUUGAUGAUGAGCCUGCCAAUCUGGACAUUUUGGAUACAGCCGGACAGGCAGAGUUUACAGCUAUGCGGGAUCAGUACAUGAGAGCAGGAGAAGGAUUUAUCAUCUGUUAUUCCAUCACUGACCGUCGAAGUUUCCAUGAAGUUCGGGAGUUUAAACAGCUUAUUUACCGAGUUCGACGUACUGAUGAUACACCCGUGGUUCUUGUGGGAAACAAGUCUGACCUAAAACAGCUAAGGCAGGUCACCAAAGAAGAAGGAUUGGCUUUGGCCCGAGAAUUCAGCUGUCCCUUUUUUGAGACAUCAGCUGCUUACCGUUACUACAUUGAUGAUGUGUUCCAUGCCCUUGUCCGGGAGAUACGUAGGAAAGAAAAGGAGGCAGUAUUGGCCAUGGAGAAAAAGUCUAAACCCAAAAACAGUGUAUGGAAGAGGCUAAAAUCACCAUUCCGGAAGAAGAAAGAUUCAGUAACUUGAAGGGAAGAUGUGAAGUAUUUAUCUGUGAACUGCAGUGCUUAAUCAAAGCAGUCCAGUAACCUGCAUUAGUGAGCAUGGUGCUUGCUCUUUCUCCUGUUAUGACUGUUAUUUUUAAAGUAACUGAUGAGGGCCAUGUCUACUAGGAGUUUUCAAUGAUGUGGUAUUUAAAGUAUUGUCUUAGUUAAUUCUGAUUUAUUAACCCAGUGGAGCAUUGUCUACUUUUAAAUUGUCACAUUAGAAUCUUUGGGUCCCAUUGUUGAUACUAAUUGAUUAGUGUAAAUUUUUUAUACCCA